AUGUCUAAGAACCCUGACGCCAACGAGAUCCCUGAGGAUGCCGCGGCUUGGUUCCAGAAAGUCCAAGAUGACCCUGACAUCAGCCGCGGCGUCAAGAACGGCAAGACGCCCCUACAUGUCGCCCAUACGAACUACCGUUCAGGCUCCAAGAUUCGCCCGUCCGAGUUUCUUUACCUUCGAGCCUUUUGGCAGCCCCAUGCUCCUGGUGCCGAUGUGUUGGAUCAUUGGUUCCGCGACAAAGACCUCAAGGACAACCAAUAUCGGGGCUAUGUCUCGAAGGAAAAUGCCAGGCUUGCAGGCAACAUUUGCAACAAUCUCAGCAGCUACUGGCACAAAUAUAUCGACCAGCUCAAGGUCGCAGCCAACGGCCUGACUUCGGACCCAGCGGCAGGCGUCUGGGCAAUGGUGCAUCUCUGGCAGGAGCUUGUCUGCGAGCACACGAGCAGCGAGAGCUCUAGCACCACCCGAAAGGGCAGAGGCGAUGACGACGACGACGACGGCGCCAAGGGCAUCGUCAAGAGUGGAUACGUCUACGAGCCCGCCCGAGCCAGCGAUGUGGCCAAGGCAUUUCAAAACAUGCAGAUUAAGACUCCCGACCGCAAGAGCCGGCCGGCAGAAGCACCGUUUGGCACGCCGGCGGCCACACACUUUGAAAUGGGCCAGGAGGUGCCUGCCAACGCGGCCUCGGUGGACGAAAUGUAUUCCAACGUGGCCCUGUUGCUGUUCCUACAGGCAGCGACGGGUGAGGCUCCCCAGUACCUGGGAAACAUGAACUGGAUCCCGCCACGCCUCGCUCUCAAGCUCAGAGCGCUUGCGACGGUUGGAAGCCGCGGCAAGCCCGUUGAGCUCAUGAAGGCGCUCGUGGAUGGGUAUCUGUGCAACAAAACGGGUCGCACGUUUGACGAGUCGCCACUGGCCAUCUGCGAGGCCAAGCCGUUUGUGCGCAAGAGCAAUCUUGAUAAGACGCGGCGCCAGGAAACGGCCGAGAUGGCGUCGUGGAUCGCGCACCACAGCGGCAGCAACAACGGCCGGCUGCAGCCUUCGAGGUCGGGCAGGACCCGCCGCCUCUUGGUGUCGCAGGACCGCCACGAGAUUUACCUCAUCAUUGGCGAGUACGGUGACAAGUACGAAGAGUACAUCCAGGGCCAGAGGGAGUUUAUGGGAAAGGCGGAAACGCCAAAGAACCCCGCGACGUUUGACCCCCAAGCUCAUCGGAACCAUGCGGCGGGUUCCACUGCCUCUGUCGAGCUAGGUGAGUGGGCCGGCGAUGUGUACUUUGCAAGCCAGAAGCAACAAGGCGGACAAGGAGGACAAGGCGGACAAGGAGGACAAGGAGGACAAGGCGGACAAGGAGGACAAGGAGGACAAGGCAGACAAGGCGGACAAGGAGGACAAGGCCAACAACAGCAACCGCGUGGCAAGCCUCCAUCUUCCUCGAUUAGCGAUUCAUUCCCACAAACUCGUUCGCAGGCAAAGAAAGCAGCGGCAGCGGCAGCGGCGGCGGCAGGCGCGCCCACACCCACCGCUGCGCAAGCGCCUGCCGUUCCCCUACUGACCAAGGAAAUGCCACAUGCAGAUGAAUUUCUCAUCAUGCACCAAUUCGGACCCUACUUGGUCACGGAAGCGAGUCACAUGGAGAUCCUCCUACGGCGAAUGAUUGGGUUCAUGCUGCAGUUGCGCAGCGAGAGCGAGAAGCAGUACAUGGUCCCUCCGGCGAAUGUGGAAUUCAGCAGUCAGGAUAUUGCUCGAUCGUUUCCGCCCCGCAGUGAGAUGAAGAUGCACCCUUCUGAGAUAUACCGAGGAUCUUGA